AUGCCUCCGACCGCCCCUCCUAGUAAUCUAGUGAUCUAUUGGGACACACCUCCCAACCCAUCACUACCCCGGCUAGAUGACGAAUCCAAAGAGUCCAAAGACCCAACCCGUCUCUUGUCCGUAGGAGGUAGUACAACCGUCUCUCUCUCUGGGACUUUCACCGAGGAGAUGCCACUGCACUCGACCCUAACAAGACACUUUAUGGCAGAUAUAGACACCACGCACACCGAUAUCAUACUCAUUCUCUGCAGCUUUGUCAGUGGACUGGUUGACGGAUUGUCGUUUAAUGCAUGGGGAAGCUUUUCCAGCAUGCAGACAGGGAAUACCGUAUUCAUUGCCCUAGGUGUCUCCGGCCAACCCGAAUAUCCCGCCUAUUUAUGGGCCAAAUCCCUCAUUUCCCUCACCACUUUCAUUAUUAGCAAUAUUCUAUUCAUUCACGUCUCACGCAUACUGCGCCCGCGCCGCCGUUCAACCUUCAUUCUCUCCUUUGGCAUACAAACGGCCGCCAUCUUUGUCGCUGCCAUCCUCGUCCAGCUGAAGGUCGUUAGUCCCAGGCCCGAAGACCCUCGCUCCCCAAUUGAGUGGAUGCAAAUCCUGCCCAUCUCGCUGCUUGCCUUCCAAGCCGGCGGGCAGAUCUGCGCCUCGCGCAUCCUAGCCAUCGAUGAGAUCCCUACCGUCGUGCUAACAACCCUCUUGUGCGACCUGUUGGUGGAUCCCAAGUUAUUUUCCCGCGGAUGGAGAUCGAAUCCCAGACGCAACCGUCGGGUCGGAGCCUUUUUGGCUCUCUUCUCGGGGGCAAUGACUGCCGGUGGGUUGACCAAGGUGACCGAGAUGGCGGCUAGUCUGUGGUUGGCGAUGGGGUUGAAAUUUAUCAUCACCGUUGGAUGGAUGGUGUGGAGGUCUGAUCAGACCAAGAAGCAGGAUGUGGAGGGGUAA